AUGGCAGCCAUCAACGAUGAUCCGGCCGUUGUCGCGGUGGAUGGUGUUGAGACUGAAAAGAACAUCUCGCCUGUCUCUUCCGAUGAUGAGUGGCCUGAUAAGCCCACAGAAGAGGAGCUUCAAACUCUGCGGCGAGUCUCAGGCAAAAUCCCAUGGACCAUGUGGACCAUCGCCUUUGUCGAGCUCUGCGAGCGGUUCUCCUACUAUGGCUCUGCUGUCCUCUACACCAACUUCGUGAAUCAUCCUCUGCCGCCAGGGUCUACCACCGGUGCAGCUCCUGAUGGCCUACCUGGGGCUCUAGGUAUGGGUCCGAAGGCCGCACAGGGUAUCAGUCUGUUCAACCAGUUCUUUGCCUACCUGACACCACUUCUCGGUGCAUGGAUUGCCGAUGCAAGGAUGGGUCGGUUCUGGACCCUCCAUCUUGCUAUUGGUAUUUCCACCGCAGCCCACGUUGUGCUCGUUGCUGCUGCCUCUCCCACGGUAAUCGUCAAAAACGAUGCAGCGUUCGGGGCGUUCAUCAUUGGCCUCAUGACACUCUGCGUCGGGACCGGGUUCUUCAAAGCGAAUGUCUCCCCUUUGCUGGCGGAGCAGAAUGAAGAUGAUCGCAUGCGUGUGGAGGAGCGCGACGGCGAGCGCAUCAUUGUCGACCCAGCCAUCACCAACAGUCGGCUGUUCCUGUGGUUUUACUUCUUCAUCAACGUUGGGUCUCUCAGCGGGCAGAUCAGCAUGGUUUAUGUCGAGAAAUUCCGCGGCUUCUGGCUUGCAUUCUUGAUUCCCACCAUCAUGUUCCUCAUUGCCCCUCUUGUCCUCUGGUCUCAGAAGAAGAAUUACAAGCUGACUCCUCCGACCGAGUCCCUCCUAUCGAAACUGAUUCGCAUGUACUGGUACGCCAGGAAGCGGUCCAGUGGCUUCUUCAAGGUGGACUGGGAAACGGCCAAACCGUCAACGACUCCUAUUUCAGAACGACCGGGCUGGAUGACAUAUGAUGAUGCCUGGGUUGAUGAAGUCCGCCGUGGCUUGAUGGCAUGCAGAGUCUUCCUGUUCCUGCCUGUGUUCUUCCUCGCCUACAACCAAAUGACCGGAAAUCUCACCAUCCAGGCCGGUACUAUGGAGCUGCACGGCGUUCCGAACGACGUUAUCCAGAACUUGAACCCUAUCUCGAUUGUCAUAAUGGUACCCCUGAUUGAUAAUGUUCUUUAUCCCGCUCUGCGCAAGGUCGGGAUUGCAUUUACACCUAUCAAGCGCAUGACGGCCGGCUUCUUCAUGGCAACGCUGGCCAUGGUUGCCUCCGCUGUGAUGCAGUACUAUAUCUACAAAAUGAGCCCUUGUGGCUGGUACUCCAAUCGCACCGUGGACGGCGAGCCUUGUGACCCAGCCCCUAUCAAUGUCUGGGCCCAAUGUCUGCCUUACAUCCUCAUCGGUCUAGCGGAGAUCCUGACCAACGUGACCUCGUACGAGUAUGCCUUCUCCAAGGCUCCUGAGAACAUGAAGUCCCUUGUCAUGGCGGUCAAUCUAUUCAUGAGUGCCAUUUCCGCGGCAAUCGGCCAAGCCUUCACGCCUCUUUCAGAUGAUCCCCUGUUGGUGUGGAACUAUACCGCCAUUGCGUGUAUUGCCUUUGUUGGCGGUAUCGCCUUCUGGUUCUGUUUCAACCAUCUUGAUACCGAGGAGGACAAGUGGAACAUGCUUGCGAAGACACACUACGUGGGACGCAACCAGCCUACACUGACCGCAGCUGCAAAGGAGGAGUGCUAG